AUGGCGUACACGUAAGACAUAUGACGCAGUUCAAGGACUGUAUUAACCCACUUUUCAUAGUCGUACAAUCUUUUGAAGUUCCUCAACUGAAGUACACAUUGAUGUUUCUUUUUCUCGAUUAAACAGACUAAAAUGACUGAUGACCUAUCACGCAACGAAACCUCUCGCCAACGACAAGAACGUUGGGAGCAUCAUAUGCACGGCCUUUGUAUACUUGACAAUCACUUGAAUGUCGAAAUGGAAAUAGCCUCUCAUCGAUCAGCUGUACUCAACCAUCUUGUCGAGCAAGCCAACAGGGUUAAGGAUUUGUGGCUUGAAUUUCAACGAAAGUCUGAUAAUGGACGUGUAUUGGAAGAUACUGCUGUACAAAUGGCAAUUGAACAACAUGGUCUGCAGAGUCAUAAUUUCCAUCAGCCGCAAUUGCAAAAUAUAACAAUUGUGUCACAACCUCCAAGUAAACCUCCAGAAAUAGAUUGCGAUGAUGUAUUUAAUCAAGCUGUAUCUGCAGCAAUUGUCGCAAAUGGUUUAAUGACUACUACAACUACUCAACAAGAAAAUUUUAAUAUGUAAUAUUUUUAUGCAAACAUUUAUAUCAUCACCAAGGGACAACAAAAUAAUAUUUCUACACCAUUAAUUCAUUCAACUUAUACAAAAAUUUGGUAAAUGUUUAUUUACAUACCCACAUUAAAUCCUAAACUACAUCAAUUUUACCGAAUAAAAAUUGAUUAAAUAUUUUAAACCCAAAUAUGUGAUAGAAACACCAUUUUUUUAACAUGUCAAUCAAUUUAUUGUAUUCAUAAAAUCUCAUAGUAUAUCUUAUUUUUAUGAUUAUAAUUUGUUUAAGUCUUCUUUUGCUUUACCUAUUAUUUUUAGUGAAAUGAUUUAUUUAAUUUUUAAGGUGAUUGUUCAAACUAUUUUAUGUAUUUUCUUUACUUGUAGGCAUUUUAGUAUUAAGUUUUUUUUGUAUUUUACAUAAUAGUUUUUAUUAACUUGCAAAUGGUGAUAGAAAUAAUAUUUUAUAUAUUUAUAAAAUAAAAAAAAAAUCUUGUAUUAAGUAUAAUAAAUAUUAUAUUAGUCCCUAUUGUGAUUGAUAUGAAUUGAUGAAAGGUUUAAGUUAACUAAAUGUGGUUUAAUCCACAAUUCAAAAUAUAUUAUACAAAUAUAUUUUGUUUUAUAGAUGUGUUCAAAUAUUACAAUAAUGACUGUGUGUACAUAAUACAUACAUAUUAUAUUAUUAUUUUUUACAUACUAUUGUUGUUAUUAUUUUAAAAACAUAUUAUUAAUUAUCAUAGAUUACUAUUCCAUUUAAAUAUUAUGUAUAUUAAAAAUACAAAAAUACAAAAUAAUCAUUCUUCUAAUAAAAUUUAAAGUAUUAUAGUUAAUCACAUCAUAGUUAUUAUAUUUUUAUUUUUAGAAAAAUUGAAUAUUUUUUUUUUACGUUUGAUUUUUUGUUUUUAAGUUUUAAUUAAUAAAGCUAAGUACCUUUAAAAUAGAUAUUUUUGUGAUUUUUUUUUAUAAUUAUUAUUGUGAUAUGUUUUUGAUAAAUACAUUUAGUUUUGAUUUUAUAAUUAA